AUGAUGGAACUGGAAUCUGGAUUUCGGACCCCAUAUCUGGAUGGUGGAACUGGCAUCUGGGUUGUGGGAUGGUUCCUGCCUGGGUUGUGGUGGAAUUGGAUACGGUAUAUUUGGACCGUGGACGCUCCCGUGGGUCAGACCACGGCUCGCGGAGGUGGCGAAGAUGGCAUUCGAGAACUCACAAGAGAGGAGAGCGAGGCCGCAAUACUGUCAUUCGCGGAUUCCGCGAAGAGGCACUGCCGCACACAGUCGGAUUAUGACGACCACAUCGAGUUGCUACAAGGGAUGCGAUCAUGGGGACAACCUUUGACGCAAAAGCGCGUCGGGUGCAAGCGCGUGGUGUUGGGCAACUUCAAGCGAGGAAACCUUGUCUGCAUCGCCGCAGCGCAGGUGGUGUGGAGCACAGGAUAUCUCAGCCGGGACGUGCGAUUAUCCCUGGCACUCAUUGCGGUCAACCCCAAGUAUGACAUGCGAAAGGUCGGCUUCGAGACCAUCAAGCGGAUGAAGUCCUUCGGCAUGCAGAACGCUCUACUGCUGGAUUUGUCGCCCUUGAUGACGGUGCCGCGGCUAAGGGUGUUUUGUUUGGAGUCUACCCAAACGCUUGAUGAGGAUCCGGAAGGAGUGUUCCAGGAUCCUCUCGUGCAGCAGUACAACAGCCGUGUGCGGCGAAGCUGCUACGUGUUGGACGAUAUCCCCACGUGGGCGGACUUGGGGCCGUAUUGGUACGAGGGGGUUCUCCCGCGAAGCGUCCGUUUCUUCUUCCGGAAACGGUUUCACGCGGUGAACGAGUUUGAGGUGACCUUGCAGCGCCCAGGGGCAGGGCUGAGCACAGGGAGCGGGACUGUGGGAGGGGCCCGCGUCAUCGCAAUGGACGAGGCGGAGGCAGCCACCGAGAUCCCUGGACACGGCAAGGUUAGGGAGAUCGAACGACGGCUGGCAAGCCGCCUUCUAGAAGAGAUACAAGGCGAAAACCCGGUCCGUUCUGACUGAGCCCACGGACAAAUGAGGGGGUUGUUGAUGGAUAUGCUCAAGUCAUGUUUGAGAGGCGUUUGAUUUUUGGUGCCCACUUUCUGCUGUUUUUUCAGCGGGUCGAAUGUAAUGAGGCUUGGUGGGUGCAAAAGCAGUCAACUUCGAAUUAUGUCGCCGUGUUUUUGGGGUCAGUAGUCGCGUGGCUUUCCUGUCGUUGGAUGGUUAAGGCAUACGGCUUACGUUUCAUGUACACAGGCGGGUUGGGAUGGCAUGGAACAUUCAUUGACGCCCUCGAGACGCCAAAAACUCCACCGCCAGAAAGGGAGCAGCGGAUAGGGUACAGAGAGCAUUGUAGAUUUUCAAAAGCGGCGUGCCGAGUGACAAAUAUUAAAUGUGUACAUACACAGAUUAUUUAUGGAGUUAGUCAUUAGCGAGCCCCGUAGAGUGCCGAGGUGGAGCUAGCUGCGGUGUGUGAACAGGAUGAUGCCAGUUUGGCGAAAUAGGACAUGGCCAACGAAAAGCGCGAUCAGCGCGUGCGAAGGGUGUCGUUGUUGAAUGGAAAGUAAAAGGUGUCGUGGUGGAAAACCCGGGAGGCCCCUAGUGAGCCAGUGUCUUAUAUCCCUAUGUUGGUUUGUUUGUUGUGUUGAUACAACACUGUUUUCUGUAUUCAAGGGGAGGCUGUGUUCCAGAGGAGCGUGGGCUGUGGUGCUGUACUUGAGAAGAAUGGCCAAGGGUGGUAUGGUGAUGGAGGCUUCCGCAGGGGCUCGAGAAUAGGGGGCGGUUGUGAAUCGAUGGAUUGGCGGGAAUAGCGAAACGCGGAUGAGAAUGAUGUAAACCAUUGCUGUGUGUGCUGUGGUGCGAUCGGGCGGUUGUUGGGUGUAUUUCGGGUGGAGGAGAUAUACAAGUAUUGUAGGCAUCGGAGAGAUUGUCGAAAGGAACGGAGUGUGUGCGAUGUGAAGACUGUGACGUGCACAUGUACUUUGUC